AUGGCUAAUAGAGCUGUAUACAUCUCCGCUCAGGACCCAAGGCGCCUGAUGCGCGAAUUGCUGGAAAUCAUGCGCAAUGACGAAGCCAAUAACCACCUAUCACUCUCUUGUAUGAAGGCUAUGGAAAGGUACCUUGUCACAAACCUCCACCAGUCGUCGCUCCCAAUCUCACUGCUUGACGAGAUUCGCGCAGCUGAUAACCGGGCCGUCCAACAAGCUCGCCAGUUUGAGGCGUCCAGGGGGAACAGGGGCGUCUUGGGAGGGAUAUCGAAGGUAUUUCAAGGGCUAUUGACCUAUCGAGAGGAGAAUCAAAAGCGAGUAUCACGUAAUAUCACUAGGUCCUUCUUGGUGACUAGAUACGACCUGGGUGCCAAUGAAUCUCGGCCAGUCCACCACAAGCCACCACCAGCUCCUGCGAACACAAGAGGCUCAUCUUCUACCGAGAAGGCUUCUAGCGUCGGUACUCCUCAGGAGUAUAGAUUGCCGAGUGAUGUUAACCAUGCUUUCUAUAUGGCUGACGACGAGGACGAUACGGUUGUCGAUGAACCUCUACUAGACCAUCACCAACCACCAUCAGCUCCAAAUGCACGCGAUUCAUCAUCGACUGAGAGGGCGUCUAGUGUAGGUACUCCCAAGGAGAAUAGAGUACCACGUAAUGUCAACCAAGCAUUCUAUGUGGCUGACGAGGAUGAUCCAUUCGGUGAGCCGCCAGUCCAUCACGAGCCACGACCAGCUCCUCUGAGUGCACGCGAUUCAUCGUCGACCGAGAGAGCUUCUAGUGUCGGUACUCCCAGCGAGAAUAGAUUACCGUGUGAUGUCAACCAGGCCUUCUAUGUAGCUGAUGAGGACGAACCACCACGGCUUUCUCUGCCUUCACUUGCACAAACUUCGAUCGACCAGACUUCGGCACCUAAGAGGAACAGGAGGGUCUUAGGGGAGAUUUCGAGUAUACCUUUGGGGCCAAUGAUUGGCACAGGUGAGAACCAUUUGGGAGUACUGCGUAACAUCAACCAAUCCUUCUAUGUGGCUGAAGAUGACGAUCCAGUCAUCCAUGAGUCUCCGCCAGUGACUGGACCCGCUAAAAAUCAUUUUGGAGGACCGCUUAACGCCAAUCAAUCCUUUCAGAUCGCUGAAGACGACCCAGUCGUUGACGAGUCUCAACCAGUCCACCACGAGCCACCACGAGCUCCUCUCAAUCCACGCACUCAAACUCCGAUCAGGCAGCCUACCCGUGUUAGUAAACCCAAGACCAAUACUCAGCAAAACGCAACCUCCACUCCCCGCCCAACUCAAAACGACCAGCCAUACCGGAGGGUCAUCGCCAACGCCAACCAUGACGCAACCGUCACCCUGGACGAACUCGAACAGUCCUUCAUUGAACAGACAGGUCCAGCAGACGAUGGCUCCGACACAGAAGAAGCCACUGAGCCCGACACCCCGCCGGACCCCAACACCGCGCGCGCCCCCCAUGUCUUUGAAGAAAUCCCAAAAAUCAUAGUCACCGACUCCCGCGAAAACAUCCAAGCCAUCGUCGAAGUCGACCCCGCCGUCGAGCCCUCUCAACCCACCGAGAGAUCCAGAGAACCCACCCCAAACGUCCCCGAAUACAACUUCCUCAAGCAUAAGAAAGCAGGUUACUGCAACAAAGCAGCCGCCGAACCACAACGCCUCUACCCCACCACGAUCGUAGAAGAGAGAGACGAAAUUCCUCCGAGCUGGUCGGCCCGACAUAUGGGAACGAGUCCAAGUUCUGGUCGUCCUGGCUGCUCGUCGCCGCCGAUCCAAAGAGCCGGCUCGGCGUCCGUGGCUGCGACGAAGGCUACGAAGGGUACGAGGGGUACGAAGGGGAAGCAGGCGCAAAGUGUGGAGCCAAGGAGUACGAGGGCAAGACAGGUGCGUAGUGUGGAGACGAGGACUACGACUACGACGGGGAAGCGGGCGCGUGGGGCGGAGGCACAGACUCCGAAGAAGAGGGUUAGGAAGACUGGUGGGGGGAGGAAAGACGUGUAG